AUGGCACCUAAGGUUCAGACAACAAAGGCUGCCAAGGCCGCCGCCGCCAUGGCUGGUGGUAAGUCUCGUAAGAAGACUGUUAAGCGUGUCAAGGACAAGGCUCAGCACCACGUCAUCCUCGACCAGCCCCUGUACGACCGUAUUUUCAAGGAGGCCGGUGCUUCCAAGUUCUUCACUGUUUCCGUUUUGGUCGACCGUCUGAAGGUUAACGGUUCUCUUGCCCGCCGUGCCCUCAAGGCUCUUGAGGAGGAGGGAAUCAUCAAGCCCGUUAUCACUCACUCUAAGCAGAAGACCUACACUCGCGUUGCCGAGUAA